AUGCAUUUUUCGCCGAUAUGGGGGGGAUUUUUCCUUGAAAGUCCUGGAAGCGAAUCAUUUCCAAUUGACGCCGAGCAACUAUUUCGGUUAGUGAAAGGUGGGUAUAUCGCUUACCCAGAUUUGGAUGUUGCAGACAUCCAGGAUAAGAGCAAAUCUGAUAGUUUGGCAAGAAUGAUUGCUAUAGGACAAGCAGCUUGGUUUUUUGUCAACUGCAUUAUCCGUACUGCCCAACAUCUUUUUCUCACUACUCUUGAACUUACAACCUUAUCUUCUAUCCUUAUUUUCUUCGUCACUUCAUUCUGCUGGCACAACAAACCUAAGGACAUCUCACGAGCCAUAAUACUAAGUACAACAACCCCCAUUGCUCUUAUCCGUUCAAAAUAUAUCCAUGCCCUGAAGAGCCAUGGUACCAAACACCACUCGAUUUCCUCUCCCGCGAGGAAUGGAUCGUUGCUCGCUUGUGGCGCUACUAUGUUCAGAUUCUCCACUAUCUCCAUAUCCCAAUUCUCGCCCGGCCAAGUACUAAGCCUUAUGAUUACUUGCCUUCCGAUACCUUCUUGCGUCCUGCUAGAGCAGCAAAGAUACUCUUUGUUCCGUGCGAGCUAA